AUGGCGUUGGUAUCGAUAAGUCCUGAAGUAACAGCAAAGAAGGUAAACCGUGACAUUAUCAAACAGCUGGAUACUCUCUACCGUGCCUCUCAUUUGGCUAAUCUGAGAGUUGCUUAUGAUGGCGGGAAGUCUAUCUACACUGCUAGGGAGUUGCCAUUUUCCUCCAAAGAAUUUAUUAUAAAGUUGUCUGACAAUGAUAGAGAAACUGGAAGCUCUAGUACCAGGAGCCAUAGGGAACGUGAAUUUAAGGUGACCAUCAAGUUUGCUUCGAAGCCAGACUUACAUCAUCUGCGACAGUUUUUACAGAGCAGGCAACUUGAUGCUCCUCAAGAGACAAUUCAAGCACUGGAUGUUGCUCUCAGAGGAGAUCCAUCGGAUAAGUAUACUGUUGUUGGGAGGUCGUUUUUUCACCGCACACUGGGGCAUCCUGGUGAGCUUGCAAAUGGCAUAAUCUAUUGGAAAGGGUACUAUCAAAGUUUGAGGCCAAUUCAACUAGGGCUUUUUCUUAACAUUGAUGUUUCAACAAGGGCUUUUUAUGAAACUAUAAGGGUAUUUGAUUUCGUUUUCAAAAACUUUAAUGUGAGAGACGAUCUAAGGCCAUUGCAUGAUCAAGUCCGACUCCAGCUAAAGAAAAUUUUGAAAGGGGUUAAAGUAGCAUGCAAUCAUUUGCAGAAUACAAGGACUUAUAAGAUUACUGGGAUAUCGACAGAGCCACUAAACAAAUUAAUGUUUACUCUUGAUGAUAAGAUGACACUGAUUUCAGUUGCUGCUUACUUUCAAGACAAGUACAAAAUCAAACUCAAAUAUGUGACAUGGCCUGCUCUGCAAGUAGGAAAUGCAGCAAGGCCUAUUUACUUACCCAUGGAGGUUUGUACAAUUGUUGAGGGGCAAAGGUACUCUAAGAAACUCAAUGAAAUGCAAGUAACCAAUCUAUUGAAGGCAACCUGUCAAAGACCAAACGGCAGGGAAGAAAGCAUUUGGCGAAUUGUUAAGCAGAACAAAUACAGUGAUCAGGAACUUGUCCAGGAUUUUGGAAUUAGUGUUGCAAACAAUUCGACAAUGGUUGAUGCUCGAGUUUUGCCUCCACCAGUGCUUUUAUACAGAGGUACUGGGAGGGAGGCUACUGAGCAUCCUCGAUUUGGGCAAUGGAAUAUGUCCAAUAAAAAAAUGAUCAAUGGAGGCCAAGUUGAGUUUUGGACAUGUGUGAACUUCUCGCGUAUCAAUUCAGAUAUUCAUGAUCGCUUUUGUUCAGAAUUGGUCAGUACUUGCCUCAAUAGGGGAAUGGCCUUCCAAACUAGACCAGUAAUUCCCUGCAGCGCUUGGCCAGCUAACCAAAUUGAGAGGGCUUUGAGAUCUGUUCAUGAGCAAUGCAAGAAGAUACUUAUCAACAAACAUCUACAGUUGUUAAUAGUUAUCUUGCCUGAUUCUGGUGGUUCAUAUGGGAUGAUUAAACGAAUUUGUGAAACUGAGCUUGGAAUUGUUUCACAAUGCUGUGAGCCUAAACAGGCAGUGAAGCUCAACAGACAGUAUUUGGAGAAUCUAUCCCUGAAGAUUAAUAGCAAGGUUCUUGUAGUACAAGAGAAACAUUGUGAUCCUGCAUUCAUUGGUCUAUGGAAAAUACCUACUGUAUUCAUUCUAGAGAUCGACACAGAGUUCAUUGAAGACAUAGCAUUCAGGCAUGUUCACAAUGUGGCUUUUGAAAAAUCAGAUUUAUUCUUCAUUUUUAUGCUUAGGCCCCUAUCAACUCAGAUAGUAGUUGAUGAUCUUGAAAUUUACGCAGCCAAGGUUAAAAUUUUGAUGGUCUUAAAGCAUUGGAUUGAUAUGGACUCCGAGGACGUCUUUGAGCAUUAUAAGGCUGCUGCUGCCUCUUCUGGCCAAAAGAAAGAUAGUAAGAGGGCUCGAGAGGAGAGCAGUAAGACUCCCUCGAAGAAGGCUCGAACUGACGAUCCUCCAGCCAUUGCCCCCUCGAAGGAGAACUCACCACCUCCACCAUCCUCCGAGCAGUCGGCCUCCACUCCCACCGACCAAUAG